AUGGCAGGAAACGACGCCCCUUUUGUCUGCGACUUCCCUGGCUGUGGCUUAGCCUAUCGACACAAAUACCAUCUGACUCGACAUGCCAAACGGCACAGUCAAGUGCAGUCUUUCGAGUGUCCCUUCUGUGACCGUACAUUUUCCAGAAAUGAUGCUCUUCGACAGCAUUCCCGCACACAGCAUAGGAACAGAGACUUACAACUCUCCCGUACAGCGCGAGCAUGUACCUUCUGCCGGUCCCGAAGGUCAAAAUGUGAUGGACAGACCCCAUGUCAGGCGUGCUCGCAGCGUGAAAUGUUCUGCUCCUAUGGAGAAAGCGUGCGAGGACAAGAGCGGAGAGCUAGGACAGAACCUGAGCAUCCACCUAGUCCGCUCCUCUCUGGAGAACCGGACCACUUGAAUCCGUCGCACUUUCUUCCAAUGGACUUGUCUCCAAUGCCAGGGCUGGAAUCAAUUGAGGGUAUGCCACAGAUUCAACCGUGCAUCGAGGCUUACUUUGAGAAGUUUCAUCCAAAUUGGCCCUUUAUCAAUCCCACGACAUUCAAUGCUGAUAAAAAACCGCCAUUUCUUGUACACUCCGUGGUGAUGAUGGGACUAUGGGUAAUGCAGGAUAGUACUUCGCAAGGAUUGGCGAAAGACUUACACCAAAGAUUAACUACAUCGAUUUUGGAGCAAAGAGAUAAAUGGGACAUAUCAGAUCAAGACGAGUCCGAAAUGCAACUCCAGGAGAUUCUGGCGCCGGAAGGCGGACCAUGGCCACUUGAAACCUACCAAGGCAUUCUAAUCCAACUUAUAUUUUCCCUUCUAACAAGCGAUAUCUUGAAUCUCCAGUUGCAACAUGUUUUGCCUGAAAUGCCAUCUCGACUUCUAUUCAGUCUGGCGCGGACCUGUCUCAAAAGAGAUAUGUUUUAUUACCCGUCGAUACACGAUCAAUAUCUUUCAGAGAGUGAACAAGGAGUAUGCAGCCCAUUUCGGAUUCAGGAGGUCAAGCAAUUUAAUUUGGCUCUUUACAAAGUUUGUCAACAUGCUCAAGUGAACGACCCUGGAAUUCUGUUGGAAGAUGAGUCUGGGUUUCGACCCCGUGGUGGAUUAAAAUCGCCGGACGAGUGUCUUCUCUCUCUUCGAGACCUACAAUUCUCUCUCCCAGGCAUAUUUAAUCUUGACCAAGUUUCCAAUGGGGAAAAUUCAGAGGACUGCGAAGAUCGUUGGAUUUCUCAAGCGGGAGCAUUUGCAUCACACCAAGGAGGAUUUCAAUGGAUAUGA